AUGUCUAGUGUGGGAUUAUGUGGUUUGAAGUCAUCAAUCUUUCGAAGAAAAUCAAGUGUUAUUGAGGCAAUGAGAAAUUCUACAAACUCUUCUAAUAAAAAAAUGAAAAGAUCUACCUCACCAAAGAAGCCUUCUACAUUACCAAAGAAGCCUUCUAUCUCAUCACCAAAGAAGCCUUCUAUCUCAUCACCAAGGAAGCCUUUAAAGGCUAAUCAUAAUGAUGUGAAGGAAGAGUCAAUGGAGUGGUCAUUUAUAGGUAUGGAUCAAUUGAUUUUAAUGAUGAAGCUUCAUAAGAAAAUCUUUGUCUUUAGGGACAUCAUGGAUCUUGCUCCUUUGCAAACUUCUGCUUCCUUACGUGAGAUGGUUAUUACAACUUUGAAAGAUCUACAAAGGCUUUAUCCAAGGAUCAUACCAGUCAGAAAAGUGUUAAAUGUUAAGGACAAGUCGAUAAAUCAGGGUCUUGUCUAUUUAUGUGAGGCUUUAAAGUCUCUUGGAGAGUCAUGGUUGAAGAAAAAUGAUUUUAAGGACAACAACAAUUGUAAGUUAUCAAUACCAUCAUCAUGCAAGGAUAGCACCAACAUGCAACAAUUAGGUGAAACUAUGUUAGCUACACUUGAUUGUUUAAUUAAGAUUGCAAGUGAGAAAUUUGAUAUGAUGGAAGAAGAUUCUUCUCCAAGGAAAGUUUACAGCCCCUCCCCCAUUUCAGACAUCACAUCUUCUCCUCUCACACCAAAAUCUGUUCUACCAGAAUCAAUGAAAUACAAUUCAAGUCCAACAUCUUGCAACUCAACACUUUGGUCUCAAAGAAUGCAAGCUGUUAGAAAGCUAAAACCAAUUGAAUUAAAGCGCUUAUCUUACCAUAUGUCACCACAACUUAUUGAAACACAAAAUACUAAUAUAGAAAAUGAAUUAAUUAUAGACAAUGAAAAGGAUCACAAAGUUGAAAAUCUUCAAAAGGACACAGUUCAGAAAUUGGACAAAACAAUGCUGCCACUGUCUCCGCUUCCGCCGCUGCCUCCUUCACCACAUCCACCAUCAACAACACCUCAAUUGCAACAAAGUGAACUGGUAGUCAAUAUGCUGUCACCACCACCACCAACGGCACCACUGUCUCUAGCCAUGGGCUCAGUUGCACUACCUCCACCAAUUCCAGCACCUCCGCCGCCCUUCUCCAUGAAUAUUGGAUCAGCUCCACCUCCUCCACCGCCAAUGCCACAUGGAAACGGAACUCCACCGCCAGCGCAACUGUCUCUAGGCUUAGGCUCAGUAGCACUACCUCCACCAGUUCCAGCACCCCCGCCACCCUUGUCCAUGAAUUUUGGAUCACCUCCUCCACCUCCGAUGCCACAUGGAAACGGAGUGCCACUGCCGGCGCCGCUGUCUCAAGGCUUAUGCUCAGUAGCACUACCUCCAUCAAUUCCGGCACCUCCACCACCUUUGUCCAUGAAACCUGGAUCAGCUCCUGCUCCUCCACCGCCAAUACCACAUGGAAAUGGAGGCGCUGCGCCACCACCGCCUCCACUUGGAGCAGGCAGAUCCUUAAGGCCUAAAGUAACUACAAAACUAAAAAGAUCAACACAGUUAGGCACGCUAUAUAGAAAUCUCAAGGGAAAAGUAGAAGGGUCUAGCCUCAAAGGAAAAUCAUCUGGUGGAAGAAAUGCUGCAAUUGGAGCAAAAAGCAAUGGAGGCAAACAAGGAAUGGCUGAUGCUUUAGCAGAGAUGACAAAAAGGUCAUCUUACUUUCUACAAAUAGAAGAAGAUGUUCAAAAGUACACAAAACACAUCUUAGAACUAAGAUCUUCUAUUACCAAUUUCAAGACAAAGGAAAUGGCAGAAUUGAUCAAGUUCCACAAAGAUGUUGAAUCUGUUCUUGAGAAACUAACUGAUGAAUCACAGGUGUUAUCAAGGUUCGAAGGUUUCCCCUCGAAGAAGCUAGAAGCUAUAAGAAUGGCAGCAGCACUCUUCAAUAAAUUGGAUUCAAUACUCAAUGAGCUUCAAAAUUUGAAUAUAGUUACACCAGUGACUCAGUUUCUUGACAAGGUUGAACGUUAUUUCAAUAAGAUCAAAACAGAAUUAGAUUCUUUGGAGCGAACGAAAGACGAAGAGGCGAAGAAAUUUAAGGGCCAUAACAUCGAAUUUGACUUCUACAUCCUUGUAAAAAUUAAAGAAGCAAUGGUUGAUGUUUCUUCAAAUUGUAUGGAGUUAGCACUAAAGGAAAGGCUGAAAAAUGUAGAAUCAAAUUCAAAUGGUAAAUUGCUUUGGAGGGCUUUUCAAUUUGCAUUUAGAGUUUAUACAUUUGCUGGUGGACAUGAUGAACGUGCUGAUAAGUUAACAAGAGAAUUGGCUCAAGAAAUUGAGAGUGAACCCAAUCAAGUACCAUAGUUAUAUCUAUGUAAAAUCUUCUGCAAAGAUUGUUGCUAAUAUUAGUAAAUUAAUGUAAUAUAUAUGUGUGCAUGUGUGGAUUAAAAUAUUGACAUGUGCUGAGAUUCCUAA